AUGUUGGGGCCUUUUCUGUCCAACUAUGCUGGUGGUGACAUCAUGGAAGGAGAGUUGGGUACUGUCCCGUUGAUGCAAGGCGAAGCCUCAACGAGUUAUCAGCUUUGGUGUUCUCGAACCCAGCUGCGGAUGAUUCACUAUAACCUCGCCUCGAUGAAUGCAAACAGAUGUGGAUCUCCUAGAGGUCCUCAACGGCAAUCGUGGUUUUCAACCCGAGGAGGUCGUCAACGCUUUUUGUUAUCUGGGUGGCAUGCAGAAAAACGACGACAGCCACAAGAGGAGCGGUUUCAGUCGGUGACAGAGAAACUGAAGUUUGUGCCAGGACUUGAAGCAAAAUACCAGACUUGA